CUUUACUUCUUCUCUUCUCUUUAUUACACUUUUUUUCUCUUCCUUUUAGUUUCCUUACAUUUAACACCUUUUUUUCUAAUCUUCAAAACUUAAAAAAAUAUCAGUAAUACUACCACUUUCUUGGAGAAAUGAACGAUCCAGAUCACAAGCUCAAAUCUCUGCCACCUAUCUCCCACCAUCCAUUUCUUCUUCCUCACACCUGAGUUAAUGUGCUAGUGUUUGUGGGAAUGAUGGAGUCAUGUGAUUGUAUCGACACGCAAUGGCACCAUGAGGAACUUCUUGUGAAAUAUCAGUACAUAUCGGAUGUUUUGAUUGCGUUUGCAUAUUUUUCAAUCCCCGUCGAGCUCAUUUAUUUUGUGCAGAAGUCGGCAUUCUUUCCAUAUAGAUGGGUGCUUAUGCAAUUUGGUGCUUUUAUUGUUCUUUGUGGAGCCACCCACUUCAUAAACUUGUGGACUUUCACUUUGCAUUCUAAAACUGUUGCAGUCGUGAUGGCUUCUGCGAAAAUUUCUUGUGCCAUUGUGUCGUGCGCAACUGCGUUAAUGCUUGUUCACAUUAUACCUGAUUUGCUGAACAUUAAAACUCGGGAGUUGAUUCUGAGGCACAAAAAUGAUGAGCUUGACAAGGAGAUGGGGCUUAUUCUUUCGCAGGAAGAAACUGGUAGGCAUGUAAGAAUGCUGACUCAUGAAAUAAGAAGCACACUUGAUAGGGAUACGAUUUUGAAAACUACAUUUGUGGAGUUGGGUAGGACCUUAGGACUGGAGGAAUGUGCUCUGUGGAUGCCGUCGCGGUCUGAUUUGACUCUGCAACUUUCCCAUACCCUAAACUACCAAAUUCAAGUUGGAAUAACUGUGCCAAUAAACCUUCCUGUUAUCAAUGAAGUUUUCAACAGUGCUCAAGCAAUGCAUAUACCCUAUACGUGUCCCCUGGCUAGGAUCAGACCUCUUGUUGGUAGAUACACAUCGCCCGAGGUUGUUGCUGUUCGUGUGCCUCUUUUACAUCUUUCAAAUUUCCAAAUUAAUGACUGGCCUGACAUUUCUGCAAAAAGUUACGCAAUCAUGGUUCUGAUUCUCCCAACAGACAGUGCUAGAAAAUGGCGGGACCAUGAAUUGGAACUUGUUGAAGUUGUUGCAGACCAGGUUGCAGUUGCUCUUUCACAUGCCGCUAUUCUGGAAGAGUCUAUGCGAGCACGUGAUCAGCUUAUGGAUCAGAAUGUUGCUUUGAAAUCAGCUCGUCGAGAGGCAGAAAUGGCUAUUCAUGCUAGAAAUGAUUUCCUUGCCGUGAUGAACCAUGAAAUGAGGACGCCGAUGCAUGCAAUCAUUGCAUUAUCUUCCCUCCUUUUAGAGACCGAGUUGACUUCCGAACAAAGGGCGAUGAUUGAGACAGUACUAAAGAGUAGCAAUCUCUUGGCAACUCUUACUAAUGAUGUUUUAGAUCUUUCUAGACUUGAAGAUGGGAGCCUAGUAUUAGAAAUCCGGAUGUUUAAUCUUCCUGAGGUUUUGAGAGAGGUUAAUAGUUUGAUAAAGCCUAUUGCAUCCUUAAAGAAGCUGUCUAUGACUUUGAUGAUGGUUCCAGAUUUACCUGUAUGCGCUGUUGGUGAUGACAAACGUCUUAUGCAAAUUAUUUUAAAUGUAGUUGGCAAUGCUGUCAAAUUUACAAAGGGUGGCUAUGUUUCAGUUAUAGCUUCUGUUGUGAAAGCAGAAUCAUUAAGAGACUGGCGAUCUCCUGAAUUUUACCCCACGUCAAGUGAUAGUCAUUUUUACUUACGAGUACAGGUAAAGGAUUCUGGUUGUGGCAUUCUCCCGCAAGAUAUCCCACUCCUUUUUACGAAAUUCAAUCAGCCCCGGAAUGGCUCUAGCCGAAAUAAUGGUGGUGCAGGACUCGGACUUGCCAUCUGCAAACGGUUUAUAAAUUUGAUGGGAGGGCAUAUAUGGAUAGAGAGUGAAGGCCUGGAUAAAGGUACGAAUGCUACAUUUGUAGUUAAACUCGGGCUAUGCAGCAAAAUAGGGGAUUCAUCUUCACAACAAACUGCGCCAAGAGGUCGAAUAAGCCAUGCAAGUGCAGAUUUCAGUGCAUAUAGACCGUUAUUGAAAGAUAAUGAAGGGAUGGCCUUUUCGACUCAGCGUUACCAAAGGAGCCUUUAGCAGAUGUUAGAUUAUUGAGCAACUACUUUCGCUGUAUACUGUUCAUGGCUGAAACUUGUAACACGGCCGAUGAAUUAUCUGAAAAGGCCGACAUUGCCUCUUGCUAAUAGAAAGAGGCGAAGCCAUUUAUCUUGUAAAAUUGAGUAUAUACAUUUGAAGCUAUAUAUCCUAGAGAUGAAUUUUGCUCUUUACCAUGGUGCGGAAGGCUCACAUGGAAGGUCAACGGUACUGGGUUUAAGCUACACUAUCGAGACUUGCUUUGCGUCAGAUGAAAAUACAGUUUCCGGAGGGACUUUUGACACAGGAUUUGAAGCAUAACAGAGGGGGGAGGAUUGAAUUCCUGUGUCAUGACCAUGCAGGAGAGCUGAAUCGAUAAUCCCCCAUCAAUGUAUUAUUAAGUUAUGAUCCUUUUUAAUAAGAGAACAAGAGCCAACUUGUGCCUAA